AGCUUCAGUAGUCAGUACAUAUACUGAGACAUGGAUGGCUCAUCCCCGUUUUGUAAAUUAAGAAUUAAAAAAAUAAAAGAGUUCUAAGAAUGUAAAAUACAAGACGACUGAUGACAAAGCGAAAUCGGUGAAUAAGACAAGACUUCAGCUUAAGCAAAUCAACAAUUGUUCAUCAAUCAACGCAAGAGGAAAUGGAACAAGCUCUCACUCCCGCAGCCUCCCCUUCUCCUUCAAAUCCAAGCUCAAAUGCUCGUGUACUUACUUCAUUAACCUCUCAAAUUAAACACCUUUUCAUACUUUAUAUUAAUAGUUAGACUCAGUAACACUGGUGUUGGUGUGUCUUAUGUGUGUCCUAGCCACAACGAUGUUUUCAUUUGACUUUUUUUUUGUCCCUUCUCUCGUGUAUCAUAAAAUAUCUUGUUAUAAGAAAAAUAUUGUUUUGUGUUGGAUGAAAUUAAUACGAACAGGAGUCAUGAAGGAGGUGAAUCAUCAUAAAAGAGAAUUAAUUUCAUUUCUUCGUAGAUUAAUCGGUUAGUCAAGGUAAAAUUCUGACUUGGAUACAUGAUUGAACAUGAAAUUGUUUUCUACUAGUUUAAUUUGUCGUGGUGAGGGCCAUGAUGGUGACUGGUGAGGUUCCAAAUGAAGACCAAUGGGGUUUCAGUGUUUUAAAAUUUUUACAACACAUGAAAAACGUUGUUGAUUUCAAGAAAAGUAAAAUAUUCGUAAUUAUUUUUCGUACUCCCAAUCACCAACUCGUAUUAGUUAUAAUUUAUUCCUCACGCCACUACCUUGACAGUUCCUUUGUCUGAAUGAAAUAUUAAUUUGAAUUUAAUUCCAAUCCUGUACCUCAACUUCAAAACUUUGCCAUUAUAGUCACUUAGUUUCAUCAAAUAAUAGAAACACACAUAAUCCAUGGAAUGUUUUACCUAAACUACAUCCCCCCUCCCAAAUCAUGAGUAAUUCUAUAGAAUAUAUAAUACCGCUAGUUAGUUAGUUGUCUUUUAUUGGGUUAAAAUAGUACAUAAUCGUUCAAUUAGGAUACUUAUACAUAUAUUAUAUUGUAUAACAAGUAAAGUUAUGGGCUAAUUUGUAAAAUAAAUAAUAUGGGGGUGGCAAAACUGAAGUUUUGUCCUUAAAAAAAACAGGAUAAAUAACGACUCAAAGAAAUGAGAGAUCCCACAGUCUCUUCUUAUUAUUCGCCGGUGAAAUCUACGAUCACGACGGAGAGAAUGGGUGCAGAAGCAAACGGCUCAUCGUCAUCUCUCAAUUUCUUAAUCUACGGCCGGACAGGCUGGAUCGGCGGUAUUCUCGGCAAGCUCUGCGAAGCUCAGGGGAUCUCUUACACUUACGGCUCAGGCCGGCUCGAGGAUCGCCGCUCGCUCGUCGCCGAUCUUGACUCCGUCAAGCCGAGUCACGUGUUCAACGCCGCCGGAGUCACCGGACGACCGAACGUUGACUGGUGCGAGUCCCACAAGGUGGAGACCAUCCGUACAAACGUCGUCGGAACUCUGACUCUCGCCGACGUUUGCAGGGAGAGAGGCCUCGUGCUGAUCAACUACGCCACGGGUUGUAUAUUCGAGUACGACUCGGGUCAUCCUCUCGGGUCGGGUCUCGGGUUUAAGGAAGAGGACACACCUAACUUCACCGGUUCGUUCUACUCCAAGACAAAGGCUAUGGUAGAGGAACUGCUCAAGAACUAUGAGAACGUAUGCACACUCCGUGUAAGGAUGCCCAUCUCAUCUGAUCUCUCAAACCCGAGAAACUUCAUCACCAAGAUAACUCGGUAUGAGAAAGUUGUGGACAUCCCAAACUCGAUGACGAUUCUCGAUGAGCUCCUUCCUAUCUCUCUCGAGAUGGCGAAGAGGAACCUGACAGGGAUAUGGAACUUCACUAAUCCGGGGGUGGUGAGCCACAAUGAGAUACUAGAGAUGUACAGAGAGUUUGUUGAUCCGAGUUUCACUUGGAAGAACUUCACGUUGGAAGAACAGGCGAAAGUGAUUGUAGCUCCGAGAAGUAACAAUGAGCUUGAUGCCACUAAGUUGAAAACGGAGUUUCCGGAGAUGUUGUCUAUAAAGGAAGCUCUUGUCAAGUUUGUGUUCGAACCAAACAAGAAGACAGAGAUCAAAGGUUGAUAAUGGACUAGAAUCUUGAACCAAGAUUCCAACAUGGAAGCUUUUGAAAAUCGAAUAAAUGGGUCUAAAAUUUUUUUUUAAGGGUUUAUGGGAAAAGUUGUUUUUGUGUUCUUGUUGUUGAUUUAUGUUUUGGCUUGUAAUCCAUUUGUUGUUUAUGUGCUCUGUUAUGUUAUUCUUAACUUUUUUUUCUUAAGUUGCUCAUACUUUUUAAUAAUGAGAAUUAAAAUUGAUAUACGUAAAUUCCUCUUUUCCAGAUUAAUAUAUAUAGUUAUUCGAUUGUUGUUUCACUUUGCAUUUUUCUAUUCGGAAAAGCUGUUAAAAGUUUGCUUUACUUUUUAAGUAAUCAACGGCAUAACGAGUGAAUAGCUAAUGAUGCUCGUGGAAUAUAUCCUCAACGCCUCUACCAUAACAACAGACUGAUGAUCAUAGAGUGAUCUUUUUCUCAACAUCAUGGUCAUAAUUAGUUCGUAUUUCUUUGUAUGAAAUAUCAUGGUAAAAGCAAAAUUCUCAAGAAAAAAUUCAGUAUGUUUCUAUAGGUUAACACAAUGGUAAUGGAGAAAAAUAAGAUCGUGUAUUAUAUAAAAGUAACACCAAAACAUGUAUGCAGCUACUAGAAACAUUGAUUAAUAAGAUCUUGAUUCAUUUCAUUUGUACGUAGUAACGUUUUCACAAAAACCCUGAUCCGAUCCAAAACCCUACUUAUUGGCGAGUCUCUCUCUCUCGUGAUCUUCACACCCAUAUACCUGCAUGCAUAUUUUAAGUCACCCAAAAACAAUUAGCAGUUAGUGAAAAAAAAUGUAAACAUAAUCGAUAUAGUAUAUGAUAGCAAGAGUGAUUUGUCUUCACCUACCAAGCAUCAUAAUCGUGGCUUGAGGAUUUGUACCAGGACAAUAACCAACUGUCGACAUACCAAUAACCUUAUAAUCCCCAUCGACGACUCUACCAACAACACAUCCUCCAUGGUAAUGCCAAAUCGUUGUAACCGUAUGUCCGUAUGUUGGCAAAAUUCCUCAGCUGAUGGAGGCAACGAGGCUCUAGGACCGCUGCAGCCUUAGAUUGACUGGAGUACUUGCCGUAAGGUUUAGCAAAUACGCAAAAGACAUAUCCGCAUACUUGUACCGUGCAAACGCCUUAGAUUGCACAACUCUCUCUAUGGUUUGGAUCCCUCGAACGCAUCGGUUUAGGUCGUCCGGGUGUUGGAAAUAGUUGAAGGUCACAACCGGGUUAUCAUUUAGGUUCGGGUUCGGAGCUCCAAAUGACCCGUGGAUAGUGGGCCCAUUACUUUCUCUAAAAUGAAGCCUCCUUGAAAAGGUUGGGCUGAUGAUAACUUCUUUAAAUUUGACUCUAAUAAAGUUGCCUUUGGAGAAAACAUUGCAUAGUAGUCUCUAGCGGAUGAACCACUUCCAACUCCACCACCAAAAUUCUCACCACCGGCAGCCUCAACGUAUGUUCCUUCGCCGGUAAUUCCAACCACCUCGAUGAGUGAUACUUCGACAGGGACUGGAGAAGGGAUGAACACGGCGUUCAUAGGGUUGUCGUGCAUCCCUUGACCCACAUGAGGCUGGUCCAUCACCACCGUAAUGUUUUGGGCUUGUAAUUGAGCUGAUGGACCGACACCGCUUAGCAUAAGGAGCUGUGAGCUGAUGUUUUGGGUUUUGAUUUCUUUCGAAAGAUUAUAGCUAAAUUAUGAUUAGGUCAAAAUAGUUUAAAAGAGGGAAAAUACUGCGUCUGCCGGUAGUCGAACCCGGGUCUAUUGCUUGGAAGGCAAUUAUCCUAAUCGUUGGACUACAGACGCUGAACGACUUGUUUUUUGAUAUUUCAUAAUUCGUACCAAAUCACUAACUAUUCGUGUGUGUCAAUUUUGAUGAUUGCAUGAACACAUCGCCAACCAAAAUAAAGGAAGCUAACUAAAUUGAAAUAAUGACAAACCAAACUUUAUCUUUGCAUUUGGUAAAAAAAAAAAAUUAUCUUUGCAUUUGUAUUAAAUGUUAAUGUU